AUGGCUGGUUCAAUCGAAGAUAACGUUGCGUUAUAUAAGAUGAAGACAUUUAUCUACGUACCUCCAUCACCUCCUGUCGUUCUCAUUGAUUCAACAAGCUACACCCUCGACUUUGGCACCCGUAAGUUUAUUCAUAUCGGUAUUGACCCUUCAUCAAAUUUCAAAACUGUACUUCAUAUAUUGACUUCUUCGCGAUACGUAUAUAUUACUUCGGAUUUUAUGAAAAAAAUAUUCUCGUUUAUGGGGCAUAUAUUGUCUUUUAUACUAGACUCUCCGCUGACAUAUAAACGAAUCAUAUUCCUAGAGAGCGAUUCGUAUAAAUUAUCGAGUAUGGUAUAUAAUAAAGAAAAUGUAUUAGUAAUCGAAUCUAAGACUGAAGACGGGUGUAGAGUACUAUUGAAUAGAGGAGAUCUGAUACAGCUCCAGAAAUUAGAGUGGAGUAUUUAUUCAAGCAUUCAAGAAAAAGAUAUAAACAUUAAACCCAAAAUUCUCAAUCAAAUGAAUCAAUAUUCUGAGUAUAUUUUGCUCGAGAAAAUUCCUCAAGUGGAUUCUCCGCCCGAAAAUGCACAUGAAAUGUACAUUUUCAUUAAUAACGUUGAAGACAUGCAGUCCAGUCGAAAUCACUUCAUCAGUCAAAUCAAAUUAUGUGCACCCACACAACUAGCAGAACUUUGUAUGGCUCGUUUGAAGACACAAAACUCACCAGAGUCAUAUGACAAGAAUUUUAAUAGCCUCUCAGUAAUGUCACCAAGCUAUUCUCCUGUAAACGCGGCUGUCAUUGAAUUGAAUGACGAUUCAUCUGCACGUGAUGGAUUUGAUCAUUCAGGGAAUGAUACUUUAGCCAAGGAGUUUGAUCAAAUAGACGCCCCACUGUUAUCUGCAGACGAGAUUCUUAGUCCACAGUCGGUGGACGAAAAUGACGGACCAGAUUUUUACAAUCGAUCCUGGCCACUUUCACCAUCUAUGUUAAGAACCCCACUAUCGUCUCAAUCAUCUCUCGUUGAACAUCCAGCGCCAUUUCACAAACGCUCACGAUCAAAAUUCACUCGUCACUCAGCUCCAUCACAAAACGUAAUACGGAAGCUUUUUUAA